AUGCUCUGCAAAACCUCUUGCAUGAACCCCCUCUCUCCCGGUCGAACCCUUAUCCGCCGCGCGGCGACGGCUUCCUCCCUCGUUCCAAACAUACAGUCGAAGCUCUCCCCCGCUCAGCUGGACGAACUCCAAAAGGCGACACAUUUCGAUAAGAAGGAACUGCAGCAAUGGUACAAGGGCUUCCUCAAAGACUGCCCGUCGGGCACCCUCACCAAGGAAGAGUUCCAGAAGAUCUAUCGCCAGUUCUUCCCCUUCGGCGACCCGUCCUCGUUCGCGAACUACGUGUUCCGGGUGUUCGACUCGGACAACAGCGGGAUGAUCGACUUCAAGGAGUUCAUCUGUGCCUUGUCGGUGACCUCCCGGGGCAAGAUGGAGGAUAAGCUGGACUGGGCAUUCCAGCUGUACGAUAUCGACGGCGACGGGAAGAUCACGUACGAUGAGAUGCUGGCGAUCGUGGAGGCGAUCUACAAGAUGGUCGGCUCGAUGGUAAAACUCCCUGAAGACGAAGACACCCCCGAGAAACGGGUGCGCAAGAUCUUCCGCAUGAUGGACAAGGACGAGAACGGGAGCCUGGACAUGGAGGAGUUCAAGGAGGGGAGCAAACGGGAUGAGACGAUCGUGAGCGCCCUCUCGCUGUACGAUGGGUUGGUAUAG